AAUCCUCUCCUACUCUCUCUCUCUCUCUCCAAAAUGACACUAUUAAAUAGCACCCUUCAUUUCUUUACUCAACAGAGUUCAGUUUAGUCUCUAUCAGCUUAAUUUUGCCUGAUAUUAAGGACUUUCAUUGUUAGAAGUUAUCAAAAACAUCAACCCUUUCGCUUUCUUGACCUCAAAACUAGACUUGGAUUAGGUAAAGGUGGAGAGAUAAUAAGGGUAGGUUGUUGGCUAGGAGGGGUGUAUGGGUUGGUGUGUCUUAGACUACUCAGACACCAGGAGAGAGUAUAUCUUUUCUAUUAGAGAGAGGAAGAGAGGUCAGCAUGCUUUGCUUCCUGAACCAAACUACGCCAUAUUUUUGGGGCCUGGUUGCGUGCUAUAUGUUCUAAUUCCCUUCCUGUUUUGAGGGUGCUUCGUGUGAAGGGAAUCUCUCUGGUUCUAUACUCUUUACUCUUUUUUUGCUUCCAUUCCGUCCUCAGUCCUUUGUUCCCUCUCACCAAAGGCCUAACCAAGAGGGAGAGAGAGAGAGAGAGCCCACUCUUACUGAGCGUGCAAAAAGAAAAAAGAGAGCUAGAUUGCAAUCUCACAACUAUCAUAACUCUUUCACAUCUUUGGGUUUUAUUAGUCUUUGUGGGGUUUCUCUUGGGGUUAUUGUAUUGUCUUCGCUCAGAGUCUUGGGAUGUUGUUUUUGAGACCUUGAUAGCUUGAACCUAUUGGAGUAGGAGAUCCUUCCUGAGGGUUGUUUGGUGGUCUUAUUGAUUUUCACUCCUGGGUUUUUUGAUUUAGGAUCUAAACAGCUCUGUUUGGAUGAUGUCAGGAUGUGGGUGUCCAUAGUUUUGAGCUUUGGUUAAGCACUCAAGUGCUGUUUCUUCUAUCUGUUACCUGUUUCUGGUGUGAAACUGGGAAGAAAAAGUUCGAUUUUUCCGUCUAGACUUCCUCUAGUUUUUGACUUUUCUUGGCGAAGUGAUGGAGGGAUAUUCCACAGAGCAAGAGGCGUGUCCACAGUUGCUAGAUUUGAUUCCAAAAGAGAGAGAAUGGCUUGUGAAAAGGGAAGAACGAAGCCAUGGAGUUUCAGAGGAGAAAAAGCUCGAGUUAAGGCUUGGUCCACCAGGCGAACACUGGACCAUCAAAGAUUGUUCAAGAGACAACUCUGGAGAAAGAGAUGAAUCUCUUCUCACUCUUGGGUGCUUUUCAAACAUGUCAUCCAUGACCCACAACGCUAACACUUCUGGUGCUAAGAGAGGGUUCAUAGACACUGUUGACCACAAAACAAUAGAGGGUACUUGGAUAAUGAACAACAAAGGAGGCCAAACCCAGAAAUUUUCUUCUUCAGAGAGUCCAUGGGCAUCUUCAGGUUACCAGGUGAAGACCCAACAACAGAACCACCAGACAAGGGCUCCAUAUCCCCAGUACCAAUCAACCCCACAAGGCCAGCCUGUUACUGCUAGGGAAUCGUCACAGCCCUGUUGCACUAAAGUGGUAGACUUGCAGAAUGCAGAAAAGAAGACAUUUUCACCAGCUUCUGCAAAUACAGCUGUGCCCAACAGCUCUCAGAAAAGAUCUGCUCCUACUCCAGUUGUGGGGUGGCCUCCAAUUCGGUCAUUUAGGAAGAAUCUUGCCAGUAGCAGCUCUUUAAAGCCCUCCCCAGAGUCUGAAAAAGUGGUCCCAAACAAGGCUUCGAACGAGAAACCGAUUGAAACUAGCCGAAAAGGAUUGUUUGUGAAGAUCAAUAUGGAUGGGGUCCCAAUUGGAAGAAAAGUGGAUCUUAAAGCCUAUGACUGCUAUGAAAAGCUCUACUCUGCUGUUGAUGAACUCUUCAGAGGCCUUCUUGCAGCUCAAAGUGAUUCCUCUGCCGAUGGAAUGAAAAACAAGGAAGAGGGAGAGAAACCUAUUACUGGUCUGUUAGAUGGAAGUGGGGAAUAUACCCUUGUGUAUCAGGAUAAUGAAGGAGACAGGAUGCUUGUUGGGGAUGUCCCAUGGCACAUGUUUGUAUCUACUGUAAAGAGGCUGCGCGUGUUGAAAAGCUCUGAACUUCCCACUUUAUGUCUUGGCAGUAAGCAAGAAAAGCUCACACCAGAUGCUUCAUGAAGAAAAGCAUUACUAGUGGGAGGAGUCUUCACUAAAGAUUGGGGAAGAGACUUGUUUUGUGAUUAUUACUUGACAUUUUGGGUUAAAUUUUCUAUGGUUUUAAGGAGAGAGAACGAAGGCAUUUGUGAUUAUUAUUACAACUCUAGCUAGUUUUUAUAUUGAGGACCAGUGGACUUGUUUGUAUGAAUAUUUGCCUUGUUUUUUGUCACUCUUGGCUACUAUUGCUAUGAUUGAUGGUGUAAACACUUCGGGUCUCAACAUUUUCAUAAUUCCCG